AUGACAGCGGCUAACGGCCACUUUGCCAGUGUCGGCGACGACGGCGACACGCAGUCGUUUGAGCACGGCAUCCAAGUCAUUGACGAGAACAAGACAUUCAACGCGAAGCUACCGGCAUACCUCGACGUGCAGCAUGUCUUGCGCCAGGGCUUCAACUACCACCUCAUCUCCGUCUUUGGCAGUCAGAGCACGGGAAAGAGCACGCUGCUCAACCACCUGUUCGGCACCCACUUCGGUGUCAUGUCAGAGUCGGAGCGUCGCCAAACCACAAAGGGAAUCUGGAUGAGCAAGAACAAGCGCGACCAGGCCGAGGGAGGCGCUAUCAAGAUGGCCGAGAACAUCCUGGUCAUGGACGUCGAGGGUACCGACGGUCGCGAGCGUGGAGAGGACCAGGACUUUGAGCGCAAGAGCGCCCUGUUCGCCCUGGCCACCAGUGAGGUCCUGAUCGUCAACAUCUGGGAACACCAAGUUGGUCUGUACCAGGGUGCCAACAUGGGCCUGCUCAAGACGGUCUUUGAAGUCAACCUGCAGCUCUUCCUCAAGGACAACAACUCAACACCUCGCUCACUCCUAUUCUUCGUCAUUCGCGACCACAUCGGCACCACUCCCCUGUCCAACCUACGUCAGACUCUCCUCGCCGAUCUCACGCGCAUCUGGUCCACCUUGUCAAAGCCCCCGGGUCUCGAGAACUCCAAGAUUGAAGACUACUUCGACUUCGCCUUCACCGCGCUACCUCACAAGAUCCUCCAGCCCGAACAAUUUGUCGAGUCCGUGGCCAAGUUGGGCUCGCGCUUCCGCGAAGGUCAGAAGAGUUCUAGGACAAACCCUUUCUCCGACGAGCAGGCGGAGCCCAUCCUGCUCCCCGAAUACCACCGCAGAAUCCCUGCCGAUGGUUUCUCCAUGUACGCCGGCAACAUUUGGGAGCAAAUCGACAGCAACAAAGAUCUCGAUCUACCCACCCAGCAAGAGCUUUUGGCACAAUUCAGAUGCGACGAAAUCGCUCGUGAAGUGCUCGUUGCCUUUGACGACGUCAUCACACCGCUCGAGUCCAAGCAGGUGGAUGCUGCCAAGGCUGGAGCUCCAAGUAUCCUCGCUGGUCUCGGCAAGGCUAUGAACGUGGCGCGCGCAAAGGUCCUCAAAGACUUCACCAGUGAAGCAAGCAGGUACCACCAGGGCGUCUAUAAGCGCAAGAGUGCCGAACUCGAGACAAGCGUCGAUGCAAGACUCAAGGCUCUCUUCCAGGGCCAGCUCUCCGCCGCUCACAAGACCGGUGUCCACCAAUUCACCGAGUCCAUCUCGACGGCAGUCAAGUCUGGUCAGAAGAAGGGUAGCAAUUAUGACUUCCAAAAGAUUGUCAAUGCUGAGAAGCAGAAGGCUAUUGGAAAGUACGAGGAGGAGGCAACAGGCCUUGUCAUUGAAGGUGCCUCCUGGAGCAACUACCAGCAAGAGCUGGAUCUCUACCGCAAAGAUCUCGACGAAGCCAGUGCUCGUCUGCGCAAGGACGAGAUGCGCCGCCUCGCCUCCCGCGUAGAGCGCUGGGUCCGUUCUCAUCUCGGCGAGUCCAUCGGUGUACAAUUUAACAAACUUGGUUCUGGUCGUGGCGGCUCCGGCGCACCCGAGACCGGCGAGAGAGGUUCAAUUGAAAAAGAUCUCUGGGAUCGCAUCUGGCUCGUCUUUACCGAGACGGUCAAGCAUGCCGAAUCACGCUUCACCGAGCGCGCAAAGGGCUUCGAUGCUAGUCCCGAAGAAGUCGAAAUCGGUCUCUGGCGUCUACGUCGCAAGUCAUGGGGAGUCUUGCGGGCCAAAAUCGACGAGGAAGUCAUGGAGGGAAACUUACUCCUCAAGCUUAGAGAAAACUUCGAAGACAAGUUCCGCUAUGAUGAGGAAGGUGUUCCUCGUAUCUGGCGCCCCUCUGACGAUAUCGAGGGAAUCUACACCCGUGCGCGGGAGAGUACACUCGAGCUCAUUCCUCUCCUUUCGAAAUUCAAGCUUCAUGAGACAAAGUCGUUGCCGCCGCUUGAAGAGUGGAUCGGCCAGACUCCUGCCGAGAUUUCUUCUGCUGACGAAGAAGAUUUGCACCCUAUCGGUGGUGUUGACGAAGAAGAUGGCAAGACCAUUGAUGAGGAAAUGACUGUUCUCAGCGAUGCAAAGAAGCAGGACCUUAGUGUGAGGUUCAAGAAGACUGCUGAUGGUGUUUACGUCGAAGCCAAGCGUAGCGCUAUCGGUGGUGUUACUCAAGUGCCGCUUUAUUUCUAUGGUCUUUUGCUCGCUCUGGGAUGGAAUGAGAUUGUUGCUGUCCUCCGCAACCCUCUUUACUUUGUCUUCUUGAUCCUCCUCGGUGUAGGCGGUUACGUAACCUACACACUCAACCUCUGGGGCCCUAUCAUCCGCAUGUCAAACGCCGCAAGCGCACAAGGCAUCGUGGUCUUCAAGGAGCGUCUGCGUGAAUUCCUAGAGACGUCGGAUACCGGUCGUCAAGCCAUGGCUAUGUCUGGCAGUAAACCUUCUGAGCGUGAACAGUACAGAAUGGAUACGCUCAAUACCGAUGGCAAGAAGAAUGCUUCUGCAGCUACUGUGGAAGAGGAUGAAGAUAUUUGA